CUCCGCAAGCUGCCCGUCAUAACAGCAAACAAAGUUGACUGUCUCUACUCUUUGAUCAUCUCUGUUCUUUGUGACUUAGACGUGAACUUGUUACGUCAAUGAUCACGACUUUUACUUUACCUCACUUUACCACUUUCCAUUGCCUCGUGCUUCAUUAGCUGUCAUCAUGGGUAUCAUGGCUCUUGGUCCACAAGAUUUCCUCGACUAUGUCAACUAUGACAAGCAGAGCUUGUACAUCUCAGCUGCAUCCAUUGCCUUUAACCCGCUGUUCUGGAAUAUCGUCGCUCGUCAAGAAUACCACAAUAAGCUUCUGACAAAGCUCUUUGGUGGAAACUCCCAAGUUGCCUGCUAUGCCCUCGCCUUCACCAUCUUUUCUCUGGGUAUGGUUCGCGACUUAGUUUUCAAGAAUGCCAUCUCUGAACAACCUACGCAUCCCGCCCUUGUCAACGACUACAUGCGGGCUGCUGCUGCCACUCUCUUUGCUGUCGGCAAUAUCUUGGUCGUCUCCUCGACUUGGCGACUUGGCAUUACUGGUACAUUCCUCGGUGACUACUUUGGCUUUCUUAUGGAUGAGAUGGUGACUGGCUUUCCCUUCAACGUGACUGGCUCUCCCAUGUACACUGGCUCUACCUGCAGUUUCCUUGCUACCUCUCUGUGGUAUGGCAAGCCUGCUGGUGUUCUGCUCACCAUCUGGGUCGACAUUGUCUACAAGCUCGCCCUGAGAUACGAGGAUCCCUUCACUUCUGAGAUCUACGCUAAGCGUGAGCGUGAGCGUGCUGCGGGUAAGAAGUCGAACUAAGCUUACCAGCCUCAUCCGUCGUUGCUCUCGCAAGUGAAAAGACAAAAAGAGUGACCAGAUAUCAUGACGGCAGUGCCCCAUUCGCGUCUACAUACAAAAAAGGCCAGCGGACGCAAAUGGGGUACAUGACAAAUCGAUACCAUAUGCUAUUGUGCAAUACGCACCAGGCUGGCACGGGAAAGCUACGCCUUUCAACAGGCCGGGUGCCUCUCAACAGGCUUAAGGAGUUUUUCGGACACAAACAUACAUUUAUACCAUGCUAUUACCGACACCAAUCAGUCGACGGGCAUAAGUCAAUACAUUUCGUUCUACACCAAUACCAAAAAGACCUUGCAGUCGAUUAUGAGACCAAAUAGGAAUAAAGAAAUCCUUUUCGUUGCACCUACUCAAUACCGCAUCUCAGCCACCUUCACCUAGCGAAUCCAUGGGCUUCUGUCAUUUUUUUCUGUCACAAUAUACUGCAUUGAUUACAAGUUCAGUAAUAAAUUGGUUUAUAGAGCCCAUCCAGUUCAACACAGUAUACCAUCUUUACGUAAGGUUGGGGGGGUAGUGUUGUAUUCCCUCAAAUCUUGUCAGAUUAUCAUGAUCAGGCAGUAGUAGAAACAGGGUCAACAACCAUCGGUAGUACUAAAUCAAAACACAUACGAUAGGCCAACUUUCGAAGCUGCUGAGCUUUUCUAAUCAUUCCUCAUAAGUUGAUUUGAGAAUCUACUUUGCAUUUCAACAGCUCUACAAUAAAAUAAAUAGAGUGUUCAGCUUUACAUCACUCCUCGUGCAGCGUCCUAAAUCGGCCAAGUGGUCCCUUUUUGCCAUCAAUAUCGACUUCAGUCCUGUCCAAGUUUAUAUCAUCUAUGUCUCAGAAGGCUUAUCGUCGGGAAGAAGAUCAACAGCUGUGGCCUCUACGGGCUUCUUCUCUUCAGCUGGCUUCUGCUCUGUUGAAGCCUCGCCGGCCUUCUCAGCUUGGCGCAGAGCGAGCUUCUUCUGCUUCUUCUUAUCCUUAGCAGCCUUCUUGGCCGCAGCCUUUUCGGCCUCGAGGGCCUUUUGUUUUCGGAUUUCCUCACCACCAAAGGCCUCGCGCCACUCGUCAAGCUUGGAUGCGGGGAUCUGUGUGAAGAGAAGCUUGGGCUCGCCAAUCUUUUGGCCGGGCUUGACGAUAUCGCCAGUCCAUGUUUCAGGGAUAGAAACAAGACCGGGGCUGCCAAUCUGUUCAAGAAUAGCAUCGGAAGUCGAAGGCAUGUAGGGGUAUACAAUACUAGCAAGGAGUUGCAGGUGGUUGAUACCGAGACCAAUGACAGCGGCGCAACGUUCGGGCUCUUCGGCAAGAAGCUGGUUAUUCAGCUUGCUGUCUUGCAAGAGCUUGUUGCCGAGGGCGGAAAUGUGCAUAACAGAAGCAAGACCAGCACGAAGCUUGAUAGCAUCGAACUGAGCGAUGAAGGUCUUGAGGGCCUCGUUGACUUCCUUCUUGUGCUCUUCCAGUCGCUCGUCUGUGUACUUGGUGUAGUCUGGUACAACACCAUCCAGCUUGAGCUGGGCGAACUUAAGGAUUCGCUGGUUCAAGUUGCCAAGGUUCUUGAGAAGGUCGUUGUUGUUGC